AGUAUGCAAAUGACCAUUUAAACGACAAAAUUGUGAAUAAUUUAUCCCCGGUCGUUGUUGUUGUCCAGCUGAUCAGCUGCUAUACGGUUACUCUAUCUCCGCAUAUUAUUAUGCACGCCUAAUUUCAAAGACUACGACCCUACAUUGCAUUACAACUCAAUGCUUCGAUCGCGCAUGUUCUGCUGGAUUUGGUUUUGUUUGGCUGUCUUGUUCCCCUUGUUUCGUGAUUUAUUGAAGUUCCACAGAUUAGUCAGCGAAUAAAAUACGAUGCCGCAGAGUGCGACAAAGACACUCGAAGUGCAGGCCGAUCUCGACGACGGGUCAGCAUGGCCGACAACGGCACCCGUCGCGAACGGCGUCAUGCCGACCAACCCGAGCAGUCAAAGACUUGUUGCUGAUAUCCAACCCAAUGGUGACAUUGAAAUGGAGUACGUCGUCAACGCCACAUCUCCGAGCCGCGAAAAGUACACGGCAAUGGAGGUGGUGUCGGAACACACACAAACGAGGUUUGAUGCCAAAGGAGAACUGGAGCAAGGUCCGGAAUCGAGACCACCUCGAGAUAAGUUCAUGGUCGCCAUCAUAAUAUUCGCCAUUCAUGGAAUCGGAACUCUUUAUCCCUGGAACAGCUUCAUCACGGCUCAAAGGUAUUUCACAGAUCAUAAGUUUGCUAACGUCAGCGACGACACCGAGUAUAAAGACAAGUUCAUAAGCUACCUUGGAAUUGGAGGCUUCAUUCCCAAUGUCACAUUUCUCUUCAUCGCACUCUUCUUUCCACCAAAAUCUUCCAGGUUUUCGACGUUUGGUGGACUCUUUGCGAUGUUUGUGAUGUUUAUUCUUACGACUAUACUCGCCAUCGUCGAUUCUUUUUCAUGGCCUCACAUUUUCUUCGGAAUUACCAUGGUGACAAUUAUCAUUUUUAAUGCUGCCUCUGCUGUUUAUCAGUCUGGAAUGUACGCGUUUGCCGCCAAGCUCCCUGAAGGAUACACUCAAAGCUAUAUUGUCGGACAGGGGAUCGGAGGAACGUUUGUUGCUGUUUUGUCAAUCAUGUCGAUAACAUUUGCCGGAAGUCUCCGCAGUGCGGCUAUCGGAUACUUUUGUUGUGCUGUGUUGGUCCUACUCGUCUGCUUAAUCACCUUCAUCAUGCUUUUUAAACUGCCGAUAAUAAAAUACUACAUGGGUAUGGUUACUAUGGUGACUGAUAACAAAGAAGCUGAAGCCGCUGAAGAUCAAGUUAAUAGCAGACCUCCUCUCUGGACGAUAUUCAAACAGAUCAAGAUGCAAGUGUUAAACAUCUGGUUGUUAUUUUUCGUGACCCUGGCGAUCUUCCCGGCGGUAUUGGUUGAUAUACCAUCUGUUGACGAGGAUCCGUCCUACUUCAAGCAGGUUUACUUCAUUCCUCUCUGCUGCUUCUUCACCUUUAACCUCGGCGACUUCUUUGGCAGCGUCCUGCCCGCCUGGAUCCGAUGGAAAUAUUCCAAUUACACAUGGGUGCUGGUUGCUAGUCGUCUACUGUUCUUCCCAGUCUUCAUAUUCUGUAACUACCGUCCUGAACUCCGUUCUGUUCCUGUGCUUAUCAACAAUGACUAUGCCUAUGCUUUCCUGGUUGUGAUCAUGUCUGUAUCUAAUGGUUACCUCAAGACUGUCAUCAUGAUGGAUGGACCAAAGAUGGUAUCUAAUCCAAACUGGGCAGGAAAGGCAGCCUCCAUGAUGGUCUUCUUCCUAAUCCUAGGUAUCUUCUGUGGCAUCCAGUUCUCCCUCUUCUUCCCUUGGGUCGUUUCUUUAUAGACGGCAGUGCGCCAUCGCACCUGCCGAUGGCUAGUGGAAACUUCCGACAGAAGAUAGCAACGCCGCCCCCACUAUUCUGUGUGCUUACUACCAAGGAUGUAGCCAUGCUCUAUCUUGGGAUAAGACCAAUUUGUGUUGAGCAUCCGGCUCAAGAUGCCCCGCUGUCCUGUGUGUGGCCAAGAGAGAGCACAAUUGUAUUCACUCCCCCGUGGCUACGUCUAUGGAGUAUCAUGCUUUCUGUGCACAUAUUUUGUUGUGUUCAAUGUGGCCAACUCUGACGAGCUCCAAGCUCUUCCGACUCUGCGCCGUAUUGGUGGAAAGGGAGUUAGGAGUUGGGAUAUCACCUUGCUUGUGAUGUAGAAAAGAAAACAAUAACUUUGAAAUUGUUUUGUUUUUUGUUGUUCCGUAAGGUUAAGUGUCAUUUAGUUUAUAUAUAUAAUUUCUCGCUUUAAAUUUCUAUGGUUUCUUUAUUGUUUGAAAUGUUUACAUUCUUUAUAUGAGUUUGAAGGUAAUUUACAUGUAAAUGUUCAUGUAUUUAAAGUGAAUUACCAUUUAUUUCUCUUAUGUAAUGUACAGUUAAUGUAGAUAUAUAUUUAAUAACAUUAUAAACGAUAUUGAGGAACCCUGAAGUUCACACCAUGAAGUAAUUUGUCAGUAUUUAUACAUUCUCUCUUUGUAGUAUGACACUGCUCAGUCACAAUAAUCAAAAUGUCCAAUAUGUUUUGAUGGCCAUAUUGGAAUGUAAAAUGACAGCUUUUAUGUGUGUCAUAUGUUCAUUCUCUAUUCAUAUUCGAUAUUUCAUGAUGAUGAUUUUUUAAAUCUGCACCCCAAAUUAUGUCUUUGAAUCAAGUAUCACACUUUCUGCCUGAUUCGAGCAAUGAUUUCACAUAUCUUAUGUACUGUUUAUGAUGAAACACUUGUCCCUUUUAUUAAUUAUUCUUUUAUUUCAAAUGAUAUUUGUGAUGUAUGCUAGCAUAGAGCAUGGUGAUUGAUCUAAAGAGAAAUGUAGAGCAUUAGAGUGCAGUAAACUUUGCUUCAAUUGAACUUGUAGAAGAAAACAAUGAGUUGCAUUUAGAGGGUAGCUUUGUAUUUCUUUCUCCCUUUUACAAAUUAAAAAUUUGGAAAUUUUGGUAGAUAAAACUUGCCUGUGUGGCAUCAUUAACCGAUUGUGAAAUGUUAUCCGAACUCCAGAGACUUGUGUGGUGAUUACAAACAAUAAUUGCCUUAACUUUUGUGUAACUGUUGUUCAUGUAUGUCGCCUUUCUAAUUAUCCUUUCGUCAGAAAUGUCAUGAAAUAAUUAUGCAGGGUACAUUCAUAUUUUUUAGUAGAAAAAAAACAACAGUACUCACAAAGUAAUACAUGUCCGUAAUUUUAUAAAAAUCCAGAAGUGAUAUUAUGAAAUGUCAUUCCACUUUCAUUGAUGCAUACUUUGAUAUGAUGAAUAUGAUGUGUGUUGCAUCGUUCAUCUUGAAUUAGUUGUUGUCCCUUUGUAGCUCAGAUUAAUAUUUUUAUGAUUUAUCAGUAUUAGGAUUAUGGUGGGAUUAGGGUAUCAUAAACAGGCAAGUAUUUUUCAAGUACCACGUUAAUCAUUCAUGAUUACGAAGUGGCAAUACAUUCCAUAUCUUGUGCUGGCACACAGGGUGAUAAAUCUACCUGAACAUGCCUUAAUUCCUUUGUUUUACAUUGUACUUCACUGCUUUAAAGCGACCUUACAUUGACAAAUCAUGGGGAAAUAAAGGCUUAUCUCAGAACAGAAAAGGGAUUAAAGUUUUUCACUCAUGCCUGCAUGCCUGGGGGUGUUAUGUAAUAGAUGCCGGCAUGUCUGGGAGGUCUAAUAUAGGAGAGCAAUAGUUAAUAGACUAACCAGCCAGAAGUAAACUGCAUGUUUUCACUUUGAAACAUGUCACUUCACAGAGGUUAUUUAUUUUGGUUUAGCCAUCAAGAGACCUGCUAAGAGUCUAGGAAUUGGGAUCAUUGGAAACUAGAACUGCGACGACCCAAAGUAAAUAACGGUCACGAUUUCGGUCAAAUUCGUGCUGUCCGAACUUUUAUCGCUUUAGUCCGACGGGCUCUCAUGACGGACGGAUUAUAUUAUGCAAGUCAAUUGGCCUUUUGCAAUUUCGUAUUGAUUCAAUUUCCCCAUGAUUCGUCAAUUGCAGGGCGCUUUAAGUUUGAUUUUCCUACAUCAUUAACUGUUUUGGAGAAAAAAAGAAAAAUCAGGGGAGCGUUUCAUGAAAGGACUUGUCAGACAUUUUAUCCGACAGGUCCUGUUUUAUUCGACAGCUACCAAAGUAGCUGUGCUUCUCGGCCAAUCGAGAUCAGGCAAAGUUAUAAUCUGACAACUUGUCACACGAAAAUAUUGAUGAAAUGCUCCCCAGAUGACAACAGGGUACUGAUUUUCAAACUCCACAUUUUUUUUUAUAGAAGGCAAAAAGUCUAAUAGCUUGUCAUUUUUAGAGUGAUAUGUAAGCAGGUCAAACCCAAGGAUGGCCAAUUACCGGUACAUGUACUAGUAAGUAAAUGAAGUGAUUUUUUUUUAAUUACAAGUAAUGAUUGAUGAUUUCUCAUGACUUUUCAAAAGCUAAUGAAAAAUCAACAAAGAGGCUGAGAACGCAUACAUAUGUUAAUGAAAUUCCCAUGUGUUAUUUUUCCUUCCAGCUACCUGUCUUGCAGUAAUUAAUUUUUUUUUUACAUUUUCUGAUAGCCAGAUUAGGGGCUGCUUCAUAAAGGUGUCUGGAUAGUUAUUCAUACAUGUUCUUUUGCUAAAUGAGAUAACUCCAAAUUUAGAAUGGUGUGUAACAAAGUGACAAUGAAUUUCCUGUGAGCCCUAAUCAAAUUGUCAAAUAAUACACUUGGCCUUUAAAUUGCUUAUUAACAAUAUAUUUCAACUUCAACUCAUGUAAAUUGUAAUGAAUGAGAAUCUAAAGGUAAAAGAACAUGCAGUAAAGUCACACACAACAUCACAGCUUUAUGGAAUGACUCCUAGUAGCAUGACAAAUAUUGCCUCAACAACCUGCCCAUAUUCAUUUCUACUGUGUAAUAAAAAUCACCAAAUUUUGCUUGAAAAGUAUUUCUUUUAAAUCAAAAGAGUAAAGCAAAUGUAGAUAACUGCAAUAAUCAUAUGUCAUCUCGAUAAAGCUUGUAAUUGCUGCAAACAUCAAAGUUUUUUUUUGUUGAAUGUCAGAAACCUUUUAUUAUUAUUUUAGGUUAAUUCUUGCAUGCAAAUUUAUUGUACAUACAUUUGUACAUGAAUGUGUACAUGUAGAUGUAAAUGAUAGGGCAUGUUGUUGUGUUGAAUUGUGAGGCAAAACAAGAUUUUAACAGAAAAGAAAAGAAAAAUCUAUUUUUAUAACUUGACUAUGAAAGUCAACUUGUGCCUUUAUGAUACAAGGCAAAAUUAAGAAGUGUUAUGGAAAGAUAAGAUAAAAGAAACACAAAAGAUAUGAUUUACAUUUCAUUAUGAGAAGACCUAGUUUUCUUUCAUAGAUUUCAGUGAUCCGAGAAGUCUAAUGGUUACUCAUAUAUUUUCUAUGAGGAUUUUAUAAAGAAUAAUAUUUUGAUGACAAACUUGUUAUUUGAACACUAUUCUAAUACUGUAUGGGUACAAUUUUGGGCAAAGUAGAUCAUUUCAACCAUGUUCAUUUCAAAUGCGAAUUAUGAAUACAAUAUAUUAUCUUCAUCGAAACAGAUAAAAAGGUUCAUAGAUUAAACUAUUUUUGAAUAGCUUGUUUUUAUACACAUACAGUAUGAGGAGCAACAGAACCCCUAUUCAGAUAUAUCACUUUUAUUUACAUAGAUUUGAGGAGUCAAAUAUCAGUUUUAGAAAAUGGACAUUCUGUUAUUGAAAUAACCAAAUACAUGCUUACAUCAGAAUGGCACGUUUUCAUGAACAGAUAAUGCUGCAAUAUUUUCUAAACCAUCAACUCAUUUUGCUCAUUUGACAAACAUUGUAAAGUUGUACAGAUGAGAACAGUGGGCACCUUCUUAAGAUUUGAAGCUAAGAAGAUCAAUGGCAAAUCGACCAUGCGGCAACAAAUUGCAGUUCAGCUCAUUCUUAAAUGAAUAGAGUUCAAAACCUCCAUAGGGAGAUUUUGCAUUGUUUAAAAUUUUUAAUCAAAAUGUUCGAGAAAUCAUGACAGUUUUUGAAGCAUAUUGCCUACAAUUAUUUAAUUGUCUUUCCAACAGAUCAAUCUCAUAAGGAGUUGAAUCUGUAACAAGAAGCAGUACCAGUAGUACAUAAAGCCACUGGCAAGGUUUGAACGUAAGAUUGCCAACAAUCGGCAUAACGAUCUCUUUCAUUGACUUCCUCUUGAAAGCUUCAACUCGUAUUAAAAUAUAAUAAUAAGUCAUAUAAUUUUAUCAAAAAAUAUAUGACUUAUAAAAGCUGGUGAAAUAUCAUUCACCAGCCAAAUAUAUUAUAAAUAGUAUUGUUAUAUUUUCACUUUGAUUGGUGUGACAUCUGCCAACAUUUUAUGUUUUGGGUUGGAUGUAUUGGAUGUUGAGUGAAAUUGCAAAUAUAAAAGAAGUUUAAGAAAAAUAA